AUGGCUGGAGAUGAUCGAGAAACGUGUGCAACUCCUGAAAAUGAAGGUUUAUCGAAUUUGAGGCAAUUCAAGUUCAAAGAGGUGCUCGGAAGUAAUUCAUCUUAUAAGAGUGCCUUUGUGCUGAUGGAAUCCAACGACGGAGAAAACGCUAUAUUACUUGCAGACAAAAAUGCCUUUCCAGUUGAUGAAGCGUCGUGGAAUAACAUAUUGAACGGCAGUGAAUUGAAGGUAAUCCUGAAAAACGAUUGUUAUUCGAGCUAUACAUUAAAUAUGCCAUCGAACUUCUCAGGUGUAAAAUCAACUCUGAUCUAUCCAUGCAACGAUAAACACAUCGCUAAGUAUCGCGAUCAGAAGCGUUUCGUUAUCAGUGAAACACCGAAUGAUUAUCACACUAUCACACUUCCACACCUCGAACUAAGUCAAAUGUCCAUUGACUGGGUUUACAAUUUUCUGGAUCAUAAAUGUGAGGCAGAUCGUGUGAUAUAUGAGGACUCGGAUCCAUACAAUGGCUUUAUGCUUGCACCGGAUUUGAAAUGGAGUGGUGAACAGAUAGAAAGUUUAUACCUAAUAGCAAUUGUCAAACGAAAAGGUAUCAAGUCGAUAAGAGAUUUAACAGCUAAUGACCUGCCACUACUCGAGGGUAUUCGUGACAAGAGUUUGAAAGCAAUCGAAGAAAAGUACGGUUUGGACAAGCAUCAGAUCCGUUCGUAUUUCCAUUAUCAGCCAUCGUUCUAUCAUUUGCACGUACACUUCAUUAACGUUUCAUACGAUGCACCUGCGAGCGGAGUGGCGAAGGUUACUUUUCGCUUUUGCUUUUAUUUACUUUAUUAUACGUUACGGUUUUGGCGAAAUUUUAUUCAUUUACGUUGA